UUUAAUGUUGCUUGCCAAUGAGCCCCUUUUUCGUACAUUAUUAUCCUUUUCAUUCUCAUCUGUAAUACCUUAAUUUUUUUAAUGUUUCAUUAGCCCUUCUGUAACGGUAUCUGGAAAAUUACAGUUGAAAUAUACUCGCCGCCAACGUCCCUUUAAUUAAAACACACACAGUAGUUAAUACUACAAAAUGUCAUCACGUUACAAUGGCCCAGGAGCGGGCCUCCGUGGACAACCUCGUGCGCCAAGGCAGCGUUCCAGGCCACGCGAUCAUACGGACAAUACCUCAUACUCUAACACCGAUAGACAACAAGCAUACAUAGACAAAGAUAUUCCUGAUGUACCUAGCCCGCGCUCUUACCAGUCGUCCCACCAGCGGCAAUGGAGUGAUGCUUCGUCUCUGCAAGGUGGCACAUUGCCACCAACACAUUAUCAGCAACAACAACCUUACCAAGGUGCGCAAAAUUACCCAUACAGUAAUAACCAUCAGUCCCCUUACAUGGGUCCAUCGUCUGGAUCGCCAGCAUCUCCACCUCCCUUGUCCUCAUCGCCAUCCUCAUCCUCUUCAUAUUUUUAUUCCCCAGACCAGCGUUCGCAUUCUAAUGCAUAUCCACCAUCACAGCGACAUCAACAAUAUCAGCAUCAGGGCUCAUCUCAAAGUAAAUCAGCUUCACGCGCUGGUGGUCAUGCUUACAGUCCAGGAGGUCGUCACGACCAAAGUCCUAUGAUGUCGCCCACUACCCCUGACAGCUGGAGAUCUCCACCUGGACCACGUGGAUAUGGAUCUCAGGCUCCACAAUACUCCUCCAUAAAUCAGCAUCGCCAACAUCCGCAUCAAAAGCCUUAUCCAACUGCAUCUUCCGUCUCGAAUGAUGAUCAUCUUGGUUUUCAGCAUCGACCAAGCAACCGUGGUCAUGAAUAUGAUUCAGACGAUUAUUACAAUCGAUCUGGUGGCCGCAAUGGAGCCCCUAGCUAUGGCUCCAGUCAGGAUCAGGGACAGAACUGGUAUAAUGAUGAUCGAGACCGAGGAAGGAGUGAGAGAAAUGAACGAAAGGAACCAACUCUACGGCCCAAGCCCCAUACUUCAGAUGAGUGGUCCAGAUCACCUACGGGAACAGAGAAUGAGACCGAGAUUCUUCCCUGGAGCGAUGAUGAAGCUAUUGUAACGAAAGCGAUUCGAUCUCCGCCUACAGAAUACUUGAACGAAAAGACGUUACCUCCGAUCCCUAGUAAAGGAGCAGUGACAAAUGUUGAUGCCAGAGUUAAUGUUAAUUAUAACGCUAGUGGAAGGAGCAUGGAUUCUGAUAUGAUCAAGGUCGAAGUCGGAGAAACAACCACGGUCAUCCCAACAACAAGUGAAAGCUUCGGCGUCAACUUUGUUAAGAACAUACCCAGUUCACCCUCUAUGGCUUUGCGAUACAAUAAUAGCAACAUCAACAACGUUAAUACCUCAUAUCACCAGGCACCUACUGGCGCGAUCCAAAGUAUGGCAGGAGCGGCCUCCGCCUUGAGAGCAGCAGCUGCGUUAGGCAAUCAAAAAACUCUUCAAGAUGAAGCACCAGUUCGGCUCCCUCGCUCCACAGAAAAACCAAUGUCGUCAGAAUGGGAUGGCCAACGGAUUAGUCUUGACGACAUGCUCUCAAGCCCCCCAACAGUCAUCCAAGACAGUCGUCAACAAGCCAUUAACAGUUGGCGCACCUAUCCUCCCCUCCAUCCUCGCGAAGAUAAUAGUGAGAAAUCCUUUGUGGAUUUGAAGGGCAAGCGACGAAGUAGUUUACCAGACAAGUUUGUACCCAAUUGGAAUGAGCACACAGAGAAUUGGAGGAAUAGCAUCGGUCAAAGGCGGCCCUCCUGGAUGGCAGACAGCAAAGGUGGCUUCUAUGAAGCUGCAGAUAACGCCAUUAACACUGAGAUUGAUCCCUUGGCGCGAAAACCAUCAUGGGCCAAGGAUAGACAGGUGCCUGAACAAACGUCUGUCUCUACCAAUGCGAUGAAAGAUCACCAAGACAACUAUAGAGACACAGAGACUGGCAAAUUCAAGCGUUUAUCAGAUCAAGGUACAGAUCGCCUUCAUCGUCGAUCGCGUUCUUGGUCUCCACCUCCUGGCCUGAUCCGUAAUGACGCCGUUAAGGAAUCAGGCCAUUUGCAAAGUGAUCAGGCUGAAUAUGAGACGAGCACCGUUCCUUCAAAUGUUUGGCGACACGAUUCAUAUGCGUCGACCAUCUCUCAAUCUCGUUCCCGAUCGCGAUCUGCUUCUUCCCAAAGGCGGUCACGCGAUUUGAAAUCCCGAGGCUCGUAUUCUAGGUCAAGAUCUCCAUCGUUGAAUUCACGAGACAGUUCAAGCUCACGCUCGCGGUACAGAUCCCGAUCCUGUUCGCGAUCAAGAUCUCUCUCUCGUUCCCGUUCCCGUUGCCGUUCCCGUUCUCCGCGGCCCCAUAGCCGUGGCUCUGACGAAUUCGACGGUAUCGAGGGCUCAGUAGAUACAGGGCUACGAAAACACGGCUCUACUCGUUUCUCUUGGCGUUCUAUAGACGAUGCAUCUCCAAACCCUAGACGUUCUUGGGAAACAACGGCAUCCUUAGCUAUUAAUACAGAUGUCAAAGGUUAUGGAUUUGAAACCCACAACAUGUCAAAUUCAACUUUAGAGGGUAGAGAACCGGUGUCGCGGUCAAGCAAGGGUACACUGAUCAGCUCAGAUUCGGACAGUCAAGAUUCACCUCCACUUAAAGUGCAAUACGGACGCAGAGCCCUUCAAGAUGAUGAUGACGAUGAUAACCAGACUGUUUCAUCCAAAUAUCCGGUAUCAAUUAUCUCUACACUUAAUCUACCCCCUGCUACUUCGCCCACGUCACCUCCGAUACCGCCUAUACCAAGCACCUAUCCAUCAACUGCGGCCUCUAGCCCGUAUUCAAGCUUUGCACCACCACCGAUACCGGACUCUCCGGCGCUUACCGGGACCCAGAGCCAAUCUUUGAUGACAUCGGUGACAAAUGUAUCAAUCGAGGCUACCAUUGCCACGAUUCAAAGCUCCAGGGUUUCUGUAGAAAGUUUCAGGACCGUUCCUGGCCAAGAUCAGGAUGUAGAAUUGGAUUUUGAAGCAGAUACGAUAUAUGAUCGUGGUUUGCCUCCUAUCUCAUCGUCUUUUGUUUCCAUGACGACAGUUCGGGGCGAUGACGACAGUAGCAGUAGUAGCAACAGAAGUAGCACUACUAGUAGCACUGUUCAGGCGUCCACUGCUCCUACAUCUGCACCUCGCUCCAAUCCUCUUAGUGUUACUACCAAGGAAUUGAGAAGGAACGGAUCGUCCACAAAUUCUGCAAGCCCUCUCUCUGCUCGCUCUGCUCGCUCCUUUAUGUCACCAUUAUCUGCACAUUCAGUCACGUCAAUAUUGUCUGCAUCGCCGCCCCCUCAGAGAGCCCCACCUCCCAUUCCAGUCAUAGACUCGAACUUUGACUCGGCCUCGCCCACUGUUGGUUCUGGGCUCUUUAAUAAUACAACUAAGCGCUCGGGCAGUGGUGGAGGCGCGCGUGGGAUGCGUUCUGGCUUGAGCAAGCAAGUUCUGCCUGCGAAUAUCCCGCCACCGUCUGAUACUCCAGUUGGUGGCGCUCAAAAACCAUCUUAUGGAAUCAUUCCUCCACCAAUUCCAUCUUCCUUCAACAACCCCUCUAUGAUGAUGACCACCAGAAGGCCCUUGCCCUGGAAAAGGGAGAAGAAUCAAAAUCUGCACGCGAGACUUGGGAACAAGAGCGUGCUCAGCUUCUCAAAGAUAUGAACCGCCUUCGCGAGGAGCACAAGGAAGAACUAGAAGAGAGCGCACAGCAAGCGAGAUCCAAACAUGAACAAGAAUUGGAGCGUCUGACAUUAGAUCAUGCAGCUGCCUUGAAAGAUCAACUGAUCAGAGUUACAGAAGAGCAUUCCAAAGCCUUGGAGAUGCAAAGAGAAUAUUUGCAAGCAGAUCACCAACAGGCUAUCGAUAACCUAACGAAUGAGUUGAACUUGCUCGGAAUAAAGCAUACUCAGGACUUGGAGACUCUACGAUCUGAACAUGAGACUUC